ACUGGUGGUCUCAGAAAUCAGUUAUUGGUCAGAAUGAGUCAGCUGAGCUGACGAGUGGAGGGAGGGGUCCGUAUCUAAAGAAUGUGCUCUGAGUCUGUCCUGUGUGUCUCCCACCUUAGCCUCUUGUCUGAGAUAUCAUGUGACUCCCCAAAGCCUUCCAUAAUCGGGCCAGGGUCCCCCAAUAUCCUACCAGGGGGAAAUAAAUAAGGAACAGCACCUACAGCACCGCGUGAUCCCAGGAACUGAGAGGGUUAACUCACAGGAAUGCAAAGUGCUGUUUGUCUCUGGGGAAAGAGAACUUUCUGUUUCAUUUCUUGUUCAGUCCCCGUUCUGCUCUCAGCGAUGGCGGCUGCUGAUCUGAGAGACGAGCUGAGCUGCUCCAUCUGCCUGAGCAUUUAUACUGAUCCGGUAAUGCUGCCCUGUGGCCAUAACUUCUGCCGGGGCUGCGUUGGCAGUGUGAUGGAUGCCCAGGAGGGAUUGGGGGCUUAUUCCUGCCCUGAAUGCAGAGCCGAGUAUCAGGAGCGCCCCGCCCUGCCCAGGAACAGAACUCUGGGGAACAUAGCAGCGCGGUUCUGUCCGACUGAGCCGGAGCCGGGGGAGACUGGGAUUCCCUGCACCUACUGUGUCCUCUCCCCUGUACCCGCUGUUAUAUCCUGUCUGCACUGUGAGGCUUCUCUGUGUGAUACCCACCUGCGGGGGCACAGCCAGUCAGAGAAACACGUCUUAAUAGAACCCACAAUGCACCUGGGCGACAGGAAAUGCUCAGUCCAUGAAGAACUCCUGAAAUAUUACUGCUGUGAGGAUUCUGCCUGUAUCUGUGUGUCCUGCUGCCUGGCCGGGGGGCACCGGGGCCACAGGGUGGAGCUGCUGAGUGAGGCCUCUGAGAAGAAGAAAGAGAAACUGAGGAAAGUUCUGGAGAAACUGAGCCCAGAGAGAGAGGAGACUGAGAGAGGAGCCCAGAGGCUGCAGGAGCGCAGGAGAGAAGCGGCAGAAGCGGCAGCCGGUGAGACAGAGAGAGUCACUGCCCUGUUUAGGGGCAUCAGGGAAGAACUGGAAGCCCUAGAGAAGCGACUCCUGAGUGACAUCUCCAGGCAGAAAGAGGAGCUCACACUCACACUCACUGAGCUGAUCCAACAGCUGGAAAUAAAGAAGGACGAGCUGUCCAGGAAGAUCCGGCACAUUGAGGAGCUGUGCAACAUGGCAGAUCCACUCACUGUCCUACAGGAACAAUGGGAAUCCCAUGGGGCUGCCUUUUGUGGGGCUGAGGGGGCAGAUACUGAGGGCAGAGAGAGAGGGGGUAUAAAGGUCCCGGCUGUAGGGGAUCUGGAUGUGGGUCGGAUCUCAGAGACAUUACUCACAGGCUUAGCUGGGAUUGUGACUGGGGUAAAGGGAAGGAUCUAUGGGCAGGAGGCUACAGAACUGUUACUGGAUAUAAACACGGCUCAUAAUCGUGUAUCUGUAUCAGGGGACAGGAAAUCUGCUUCCUACUCACUAACAGAACUACAUUACCCACAAUCCCCAGAGAGAUUUCAGAAUUGUGCUCAGGCUUUAAGCAGCAGGAGUUUCCCCUCAGGGCGACAUUACUGGGAAGUGGAGGGCAGUGAAUCAGGGGGCUGGGGGGUAGGGGCGGCCUAUCCCAGUAUAGAGAGGGGAGGAUGGCAGUCUGGCAUUGGGUAUAAUAACAAGUCCUGGUUUUUGCGCAGAGGGAAUAACAACAGAUAUUUAGUGGAACAUGACAGUAAGUGGACCCAUUUACCCCACGCCCCUUCCUGCAGGAGAAUCGGGAUCAGGUUGGACUAUGAGGCCGGACGCCUGUCCUUUUAUGAGCUGAGUGAGCCAAUCAGGCACUUACACACCUUCACUGCCUCCUUCACUGAGCCCCUUCAUGCUGCAUUCUGGGUAUGGGGGGAGGGUACCUGGGUGAGAAUCAUUCAGUAAGAGGAUACAGUAGAACAGUUUCUAUAGGACAGAAUAAGGGGCAGUCAGUAAAGCCCAGCUAAUGGCACGCCCUCAGCUCCCUGGCUGCCCUAUUUUAUAUCAGCGCUUACCUAACAGGUAUUAGAAUUAUGUCACUCAAACUGCCCUUGGAUAGACUGGGGGCCAAAGAAUUACAAGGAAGGUUGAAUUUGCCUAAUAGGUCUCUAGAUGUGCUACAAACCUAGGGUAGGGCUGAGAUCCACCCACUUUUGGCUCAGUGUGACCCUAUUACCCACUCGUGGCUGCCGUAUAGCAACACCAAUGACAUAUAAGUAACAGACACCGUGACGGAUUAUUGCAGAAAAGACAAAUCCCAUCUUAAUGGAUGUACUUUGCCCCAUUUCCCCUGUUAGAUAUGCUGCCUGCUGGGAUCUCUAGUAUUUGCAUAUUAUCUCAUUCCUGCCUGUGAUUGGCUGCUAUAGUAGCAUUGUCCAGCAAGUCAUGUGUGUAUCUAUCCGAAUGGCAUUGCCUUCCUGUAGGCACUGUGUGUAUAGAUACAGUCAGAUGCUUUUUUAUGAUUUCUCUAAAGAAUGUAGGCUGGACAGCCAUCAUUUUUAUAUUUCCUCUAAAAGGAUUUAUUAAAGGGGAUAUAUUGUGUGAAAACCAA